GCUGCCGUUCCGACAGCCGAGCGCGCCGCCGAGGCCAGGAGCCGAGGCGUGGUCCAUCCCCAAGCGCGCCCAGCUUCUGCGGAUCAGGAAUUGGACCACAGCACCUUCCCUUCCUCCCAGCCCUGCCUCCGUCUGCAGAACAGAGCUCAACAGAACUUUGUUGUUUUGCCUUUUACUCUGGGGGGAGAGAAGCAGACGAUGAGAGAGAAACAUAAAAGUGUUUUAAAAGACUCGUUGGCCGCCCUGCCAACCCUUCCUUCUCCGGAGACGUGCAUUCCAGAUCGCAGGAAGCGUGUCUCCACCCGUUUCUCCUGAAGGAUGUGACACUGGCUCACUUGGCAGCUGCCAAUCGGAAGUCUCCCACCAGAGUGACGACUGGCCGAUGCAAGCGAUCUGUGAAGUCCAGAAAGAAAGGGUCUCCAGGAAUUGUUUCUGAUGCCAGUUUCUGAAACGAAAAUCAUCAACACAGUGCGUGGAGAGGAGAUCAGGAGAUAUGUCUGAUCCGGCUCGCCUGAUGUGAGCCCCGUGCUCUCCACCGCAAGAGUUGGCGUGUUUCUCCGUUUCACGUGUCUUACACUGGGAGACAAAUCGCAUGGAUUCUCAGCAGGACAAAAUAAUGAAUGUCAAAGGAAAAGUGAUUCUGUCAAUGUUGGUCGUCUCAACUGUAAUCGUUGUGUUUUGGGAAUAUAUCAACAGCCCAGAAGGCUCUUUCUUGUGGAUAUAUCACUCGAAAAACCCAGAACUCGGUGACAGCGGCAGUCAGAAGGGCUGGUGGUUUCCGAGCUGGUUUAACAAUGGGACCCACAGUUACCAAGAGGAAGAAGACGUAGACAGAGACAAGGAGGACAGCGAAGAAGAGCUCCUGCUGUCGGACUGGUUUACCCCCGAGGCUCUGUGUUUUGUCACUAGGAAACGGCCAGAGGUGGUGACAGUGACGGAAUGGAAGGCGCCGGUGGUGUGGGAAGGCACUUUCAACAGAGCCAUCCUAGAAAAUUACUAUGGCAAACAGAAAAUUACCGUGGGUUUGACGGUUUUUGCUAUUGGAAGAUACAUUGAGCAUUACUUGGAGGAGUUCUUAACAUCUGCUAAUAGGCACUUCAUGGUUGGCCACAAAGUCAUAUUUUACAUCAUGAUGGAUGAUGUCUCCAGGCUGCCUUUGAUAGAGCUGGGUCCUCUGCGUUCCUUCAAAGUGUUUGAGGUCAAGCCUGAGAAGAGGUGGCAGGACAUCAGCAUGAUGCGCAUGAAGACCAUUGGGGAGCACAUUGUGGCCCACAUCCAGUACGAGGUCGACUUCCUCUUCUGCAUGGAUGUGGACCAAGUCUUCCAAGACACCUUUGGGGUGGAGACCCUCGGCCAGUCAGUGGCUCAGCUACAGGCCUGGUGGUACAAGGCAGAUCCUCUUGACUUUACCUACGAGAGGCGGAAGGAAUCUGCAGCAUUCAUUCCGUAUGGCCUGGGGGAUUUUUAUUAUCAUGCAGCUAUUUUUGGAGGAACACCCAUCCAGGUCCUAAACAUUACCCAGGAGUGCUUCAAGGGAAUCCUCCAGGACAAGAAAAAUGACAUAGAAGCUGAGUGGCAUGAUGAAAGCCACCUAAACAAGUAUUUCCUUCUCAACAAACCCACUAAAAUCUUAUCCCCAGAAUACUGCUGGGAUUAUCACAUAGGCCUGCCUUCAGAUAUUAAGACUGUCAAGGUGUCCUGGCAGACAAAAGAAUAUAAUUUGGUCAGAAAUAAUAUCUGACGCUCAAUUGUGCCAGUAGGUUUCUGAAUUUGAGAGAGUAUUCUGGCUACUUUCUCAGAAAAGUAACACUUAAUUUUAACUUUAAAAAAAUACUAACAAAACACCAACCCAGCAACUACAUUCUAUUCCUCCUUAUAACUUUGAGCCUUGUAUUAUGGGAGAAUGAACCUCUGGUAUAAUCAGAUAUAAAUUCCCAAUGAUUUCCUCUCUAUUCUGGGUUUGGGGGAGAUACUAUCUGAACUAAAAAAAAAAAAAUUAAAAUUAAUUUUUAAAAAGUCACAGGCCAAACACAAAAACAAAGCCAGAAACACUGCACGGGCCAAAUACCGUGCCGGAGGAACGGGCGCCGCCUGAGGCCACACGGUGCUGAGCGGCAGGAGACCUCGUCGUGAGCACGCCAUCUGCUUGGUGGUCCUCGUGGUUUCAGUAGCGACUGUUUCAGGCCUUGGAGUGCCCGUCCUUUUCUCAGGACGGUGUUGGGCAUCUGUGCACAAGACUGGUCGAGAUUCCCGGUGGAUAUCACGAUGGUGAAUGUUUGCAGUCACAGAGAAUCUGAAGAAGUGAAAACAAAUCCUCAAAGUGAAUUUGCCGUGAAAUAGCAAAGAGAAGGGGCUGACCGUGGUCACAGGCCACAGGACCUGGGUUGGUACUAAAUACAGCAUGGAUCCAGGGGCUGAAUGGGAGGGAGACGGUAUGCAUAGUCUCCAGCCUCCUUGAUCCCCAUAGCACAGGGAACUUGAGUGGAAGGUGAUUCUUGUUUUUCCCAAGUCACAUUCCGUGCGCCAGAUUCUGCAACUUGUGUCUUCAGAUCCUUGGCCAGAAGUGGAUGAUGUCAGAGAAGACAAAGGCCCACAGUGGAUUGAAGAGGCUUGCAAGGAGUUACACUUUCCAGACCUGGGCUUCCCGUCAGUCAGUCCUCAGCAAGCCCCGCUGCCACCUGCUCUAACAGACCGCAGGGGCCCUCAGCCUACUGUGCCCUGCUUGGAGGACUAACAUCAGGAGUGGGUUGGAAGAGGAGCCCUCUCAUCAAACAACCUCAUUUUCCCCUGCCCCAUCUGCACUCCUGAGGUGUAACAACUAGAUGCAUUUAAUGAAAUGGUUAAUUGAUUUUAUAUCAGAAGCAGAGGGUAUAGCAAUGGGAGACCCAGUCCUCAUGACUGAACAGCUUUACAUUCAGUUUCCUUCUCUAAGAGAAGUUAUGAAAUCCUACAUAUUAUUUAAAGUUAAGCAAUUCAAUGUAAAGGAAGUUAGGAGGCAACAUUUACAUAUUUAUGUUUUGCUUACGCCCCAGUUAAAGUAAUUUGCUUCCAUUUAGAAGUGAUUUAUCUGGAGAACCAUUGCACUGGCUUCAUGAUCAGCACAGUGGUCUUCUCUGGUGAAAUGAAACCUGCAUCUUCUCUACCAUUGCACUGUGCCUCCUACUCUUCACUUCUACCCAAAAACAUAUCAGUACCCAGCAAAACAAGAAAACUAACAAAAAUCCUGAAGGAGUGGACUUUGUAAAAAAAAA